GAAAAGGCGCCCAGUUUCGUUCGAGGUGUAUAGUAUGCUUUAGUAGCGGUAGAUUAGUUUUGAAGUUGCUGGAAAGUGCUGCACAUGAAAUCGGUUUGAAUCAACAAGCGGUGGCAUGAAGUGAAAAUAGAAUCCAGCAGAGUUCAAAAUGAGAAUGAAUAAUGCAGUGUAAACGUGAUGUUAUUGAAGCUUCAUACAGGAAGAGUGCAAUAUUGUAUGUUAUUUAAUAGUGCGUCUGAAGAACAGAAGAUUUUUUUAAAGGUCCGUGUAUUACAAGAAGUCGGAGAAGAGACACCCUGCCAGCGAGAUGGCAUUAGCAAACUACACACUGCCAUUUGGUAGCAUUCAGGCCCCUGCCUGGGGUACUGUAAGCCCAAUCCACAGUCAGCACGCAUCUGCCGUGAAUAACCUGCUGUACGGUCCCACGGGCCAUCAGGAAGGUGAUCCAAAUGAUCAAGCUUUCUACGAGAAUAGCCCUUACUCCCCUCCAGCGCAGCAGCAUCGCCAACAGCAGCAAAAUGCUCCUCAGCAGAGCUCACAAUAUCGCCAAGCGCCAAGAAACAACUACCUACCCCCUCCCCCGCAAUCCUACACACCUCCGCCUCCAAAACAACAGCAGGUCUACCAGCAGCCCCAACCGCAGCCAUCCUCGAGAACGUACGGUGAGGGAUCCUACUCUCAAGAUCCUUCACGAAACAACCCUCAGCAGCAGAAUCCCGGCUACUACAAUACUGCUGUGUAUAACCAACAUUACCCCAAACAGCAGCCCACCGGUUUCAACGUUCCACAGUCACAGUCGCCAACAAAUUACCGCAACACUGGGGGACCUCCGCCGCAGGCACCGCCAGUGCCUCCGAAAGUGCCGCAAACGUUACCUACACCUCCAUCAUCCAGUCGAAUUCCACCACCGCCGGUCAGUAGCGGUCGCGGCAUCAGCAGUACCUCUGCCGGUAGUGCCUUUCCGGAGCGACCACCCGGUUUCGUUAAAGUGAAUGCCGGUCAAGGUUCGCGGACUCAAGUGCACGCCGUGCUGGACUACGACGAUGACGAGGAAGAGUACUACGACGAUGGAGACGAUGGCUCACCGAACGUGGCCGGUCGAGUUUCUGACAAUCGUAAACAGUCUCGUAUGCCAACGGUAACCCCCAUUCAGGGUCCAAUAUUUUUAAAGAAUGGAACAGUUCCUGUCGUGCCAUUAUUUGCGUAUCCUCAAGUUAGCAACGGAACGUUUGUCCAGAUACCGAUCUGGUGGACGGCUCUAUCGCUAGCGCUUGGUCUCAAUGUGCGAGGAGAUGUGAUCAAAGGUGUUCCUUGUGUUAAGAAAAAUCAUCAGUUGUUCUGUCCGACGGCGGGCAAUAGUUAUCCCAUAGACAAAAUCGAAACGUUCAUCGAUGAGAAUAAGGCGUUGAUGAAGCGAAUGUACGGCGACUUUGAAAUGUCGCGAACUCCGCCGUUGCAACCAAGCCGGAAACGGAAACGUCACCUGCAGGACGUUGAUGAUCAUUUCACGAUACUGCCGGAGCUGAUGGAUUUGUACGGUGUGCCGGGAUCACCGGAUGCACCGGAAAUGUUCGUCAGCGGAGGGGAUUCCUACUUUGGAAGGUUGCGCGACAAGAGGCAAAGUUCGAACCGGGGUGGAGGCUCCAGUGGAAGUACCGGCGGCGGCGGAGGAAGCAGUUCAAGCAGCAAUAGCAAUCGAUCUACGGGACGACAGCAAAGUUCGUCCGAUAGUAGUGGCGAGAGUACGGGGAGAGUCGAUGCAUGUGAAUCGAAGAUCGAGAUCGUCACUCCAUACUGGGCUUCAAAUUCUGCCGGAAAAGUUCGUGCCAUUGUGAAUACACAACACUUCGAGCAAGCCAUUCACCAGGAAGUUUGCUCGAAAACUCAAACAUCUCGCUGCUCCGGCGAUUGUGGCUGCGAGCAAAAAUAUAAAUGGCACCGGUUGCUGGCCUACGAUCCGGACAAUGACUGCAAGGGAAUUUUCAUGGACUGGUUCUUGUUUCCUUCGUGUUGCGUGUGUCGGUGUAAUCCUUAGAAGAACAAAAAAAAAACGCGAGUGCAAGCAAAUGUCAAUACAGAAAAUUCGUUUCGGAAUGAAGGAAGUUGUCACGCUUCUUACCAAGCUGCAAACUCCUAGUUGUGCUCUUUAGUCUAGUGCUGUAUGUUCUAGUGAUAGUGAUAGGCAAAAGCGGAAACUAUACGAAAGAGAUUCAACCAUUUUUAAUUAUUGCUUCUUGUAAGAUCGAACUAGAUUAAUAAUUUGAAUUUUGAAUAGUACCCGUUACCACAUACCGACGAAAUGAGGGAACAUGUAGCCAAAUUUUGUUUGCAAACCAAGCGAACUUUGAUAAAGCGCUAGAAGCAGAUGCGUUACCUAUUUAGAUUCGAUUAGAAUUUUUCUCUUGUAAAAAUUUAAGUUAUUUUUCUGUAAAUAUAUGUAGGAUUAGAUAACA